AUGAGUCGCACAGCAUCGGCAACACUACGUCUGUGGGAUGUAGAAACGGGCGCACAGGUUGGGUCGCCACUCGAGGGACACACGACUCUGGUUCCCUCAGUCGCAUUCUCGCCAGAUGGCCAACACAUUGUCUCUGGAUCUAAGGACCAGACGGUACGCAUAACGGAUACCAGUACCACAGAAGACAGUAUACAUUUACUCCCAAAUCAGUAUUGUCGGGUGAGCGACGAUGGCUGGUUAUUGCGUCCAUCUAGCCAGCGACUCUUUUGGGUACCGUCUCAGUUUCGUGCUGGGAUGGAGCGGCCAGGAGCUCGCAUCAUAGGCCAGGUCCAGAGGCUGGGUGUCGAUACAACCCGAUUUGUACACGGAGAGGAGUGGACGCGGGUGAAAGAAGGUGGAAAGAUACCUGAAGAUAUCUGA